AUGGCUGCCAAAGUAGAGCUGCCUUUUCUCUACCAGACACGAACCCUUUUCUGCCGUCCAAGGCCUUCGCUCCACCUGCACAUAUUGCAGAGAUGUUUCGGCCAUGAGCCACAGUCCCAUCAGAAUCAGGCAGAGAUUAAAACAACCCGCAGACCAAGGAAGGGAUGGGUUCGGACCAAGCGACCAAAGGUCUAUUAUGGCCUUAGCCAACCGCUUGCAGCCCCCACUACCGGCAGCAACAUCAACCUUCGGUCCACAAUUACCACGACCGAGCGCAAAGCUUUUGAAGCAAUUUUACUUGCCUCUGAAUGGUCAGGAGGCUCCAAAACGCCAUCCCCUCUAGUCGAUGCCAUCGAUCUUGAUGUUGACAACAUCCUCCAAUUGUUCAGAACUUCUAUUGAGACGCGAAACAAUGUCAGCCAACCCAUCGCCUCACCUGCAGGACCGGAUCCCAACCGAAUUGGCCAACUGUCAUCCACAUCCAAGUCUUGGCGCCCUGAAGAAAAUGAAUCUGUUAUUGGAGGCAUUGUGCGUCAGCGCAUACACGAGAUAGUGAACGCCUUGCAAGCGGCUGCCACUUCCACCCAGCAACCUGGAGAUAUCGCAUUAUGGCAUGCUUGCGAAGUUCAAAUCUUUCCUCUUGGGCAAAAGCUUCAUGGAAAGCCAGUCUACCAAGCACCAGAAUUCUUAGGCCCUGAGAAAUUCAUCUUUACCCCAGAGCACUCCGAUGUACCCUCUGAGAUUCUUGAAGAAGAGAAAAAGCGCCACCGGGCGGAGUUCGAGGCGAAAGAGAGCGAUCCACCUACUACAACCCAACCUGCAGCAAAUUCCAAGUUGGAGCGAACCCAGAAACACAUACUAGACUCUCGUGAAGCUCGUGCCGUCUUACAUCAUGUAUACCCCGCCGCCCUAUUGUACGCCCUCCGCCUCUUUGCCAGGGACUUUCCUUCUUCCCACUUCGCCUUCAACUUGCUCCCACGCAUCCGUGAGCUAGGCCAUACGAGUUAUGUUCUCGGUGCCUCUACUCAAUUCUACAAUUCUCUCAUAUCGCUGAAAUGGCACAGGAAUUCAUCUCUUCGUGAAGUUUGCCAGCUUCUUUCAGAGAUGAAACAGAAUGGGGUCGAGUUUGAUGAAGCAACUUGCCACAUAGUCCAUCACAUUGCGGACGAGCGUGAGGCUACUAUGAUGAGUGAAAUAAGAGAAAGUGCUAACAUUCACGAGAAUGGGAGGACCGCCGCCUGGUGGGGACGACAUGGACAGGCUAUCUGGUUUCCAAAACUUGCAGAGUGGCUGGACACUAUGACGGAACAAUUGUCGCAAUAUGACCUUCCAACAAUCCCGCCUGAAUCGGCUUCACAACCUCAACCAGCCUUGGAAAAACAAUAA